GGGCGGGGUAUAAAUAAAAAUUAUUAUUAUUAUUAUUAUUAUAUUAUUAUUAUUAUCAUCAUCAUGUGGGUGCAUGCAGAAAUUAUGAAGGUGCAGCCUAAGCCCUGGUUAAUUAAAAAAAAAUCAUGGGAGAGAUUUGGUCAUAAAGCCAGGUUUACCUUACAUCCAUCCCCAUCCUAACAGAUUGCCCGGGACCUGGGUGGUCCUUUGCUGCCGCAUUUCAGCAUUUGAUUGUCAUUUGUAAAAUGAGAAGAACAGAGAGUAAGAUGAGCGUGGUGCACCUCUGAAGUGCUGCAAAAAAAUUUGUAGUUUACUUUGGCUCCAAUCCAGAGAGUGUUUGCGCUGGUGGAGCAAAUCAGUUGGAGAUGUGGGUUUCUUACAUUUGUUUUCCCAGCCAGCUGAGUCUGCUUGACUGGCAAUUCACCAUACAAAAUGCCCCAAGGAGAGUUGCCUUGGCGACAGCCUGUAAACUAAACAGUCUGAAUGUAGCUCUGUACAUGGGAUGGGGGUAGGGGAGCCUGAAGCAGAAAUCAUUCAGUGGGCUCUGCAGUCAAGGCCAGAACACUGGGAGUCCUAUACACCUGGGGAACUCUAAGCUAACAUGCUUGGAGUGUCAUUGUUGGGAGAAGCAAAUUGCAGGUAAGCCAGAACCACAGUGUUACUUCAUUUUUUAUUUUGUUUCCUCUUUUUCGCAUAUGAAGUUCAGUGGGUUACAGAUGAUAUGAGCACGUUUUACUAAUUAUUAGUAUUAUUAGCUAAUUGAAUUCUGCACUUUUUGUGUUAAUGACACAAUUGGGAGUCCAAUUUGUAUAAGAAUAAUCAGUGUUGGGCUAAAUUCAUAUUAUGCAUCAGUUGGUGGCAGGGAUUUAUAAAUGAGUGGAAGACCAGCAUACUUUAACAUAAUUCAUUCUUCCUCAUAUUGCGCUCCAUCACCAGAUGAAUGGGCUCUGUCCCUUUAACCUUCACUCUGGAUAUAUGGACUUCAUUCUUCAUCACAAAGCUCCUCUCUUCCCUCAGUUCAUGGGACUCACGGAUGCAAGUCCAUGUUGUUGUGCCAGGUGUGAAUCUUGAGUGAGUCUUUGCUCUUUACAAGUUAAAGACUACUGACUUAGAAGAUGGAUGGGAAAAGUAUUUGAAAGCACAAAUUAUAGCACUGGAUUUGCUCCCUCAACUUUUGCAGACAAUGUAAGCAACAUUAGUUUAUAGUUUAUUAUUUUAUAUUUUAAGGAAACAUAUGCACGCAUUAAAGACAGCAUUAGAAAAAUAUUUUAACAUUCUAUUUCUAUAAAGUUUAAUUAAAACAUCCCACUCAUGCAAAAAGGCCAUAGAUAAUUUAAAAUUAAAGUCCUGGUGAACAAGCAGUGUUUUUGCAUGGCGCCUAAGAUAUGUAAGUUCGGCACCAGGCAAGCUUCCCUGGAGAGAACCUUCCAUAAAUGGGGAGACACCACUAGCCCAAUCUCAUGUUAUCACCCUCUGGACCUCCCAUGGAGGGGGCACAUGAAGAAGGGCAUCAGAUGAUGAUCACAGGGUCAAGGUUGGUUCAUACGGGGGGGAGGCAGUCUCUGAGGUAUGGGGUCCUGAGCCACAUAAUGCUUUAUAGGUCAAAACCAGCACUUUGAAUUGCUCCCAGAAACGAAUUAGUAGCCAGUGCAGUGAGGCCAGGAUUGGUGUAGUGUGCUCACACUAUUUUGCCCUGGUGACCAGCCUGGCUGCUGAGUUCUGCACCAGCUUACCGGUAAGUUGCCAAGCUAUUAUCAAAGGUAUGUAGAAAAUAAUCCAAUAAUCUAACCUAAAGGUUACAAGAACAUGGACAACAGAAGUUAGGCUAUCCCUGUCCGGAUAGGAGCAUACCUGAGCCACCAGCUGAAGCUAAUGGUAGGCACUCUGUGCCACCAAGGGCACUUAUGCCUCAAGCAACACCAAUGGAUCCAAACGGUACCUCUAAGCUACAUACCUGCACUUUCAGAGGAGGUGUGACCCCAUCAACUUUACACAGUUUCCACUUCAUAAAAGUAGAAGUGGUUUACCAUAGGACUAAAAAAACCCGACAUUCAAUAAAACCUCCCAAAACUAGAUCAAAAAGAUAAAAACAAAUCUAUAUAACUAUAUAAAACUGAACAGUGUACAAAACAAUAUUAAGUCCAGUAAAGUGUGGGUAAACGUACAAGCUUCUAAGGAGUGGAUGAAAUUUAUUACUGCCUUUGUCCAAGGAAGUGCAUUCUAGAGGGUGAGUUUAGAGUUUAUAAACUUCAAUAUGGUCACCAAGGGACAAUCUGCUGGUCAUGUAAUAACCAGCAGGAUAUCCUCAGAAAAUCUUAAAGAUCAGUUUAAUUCAGUAGAUCACAUUUAUGACAUUUUCUGAUUCAGCUGUUACAGAGAAAUAGAUCUGGGUGUCAUCAUACACUCCUAAUGAGUGUAUGCCCUCAGCAUAUUGUUUUAUAAUUUUAAAAGUUUUUUUUUUAAUUAAGAAUUAAUAGUUACCACCUGUAAUCUGCAACCUCCUUUCAUGUAAUCAUACAAUUAAAUGACACUGUAAGGUUCGUGGCUUUGCUCUGGAAAGAGGAGGAUGCACUGCUCUGGGUAACCAUAGUAAUUAGAAAGCUCUUUGUGUAGUUGAUCACCAUAUGUAGGGAAAACAGAUGUCAUCUGCAGACAGAAUGCGGAUGAUGCCCCAGCCACAGUUAAUACAAGUAAUAGAGCCAGAUGACUUCAAAUACUUUUCUCAACCUAUCACCACCAGUGGCAUUUCAUCCUAUAAGAAUGGUGCAGCUUCCUCCUUUAGAAGACAAAGCCAAGAAAAAUGCUGAUUGUAAUAAUCUGCCCAAUAUUUUGAACCACUAUUCCGUUCCUACGAAGCAUACUGACCCUCAGUCUGAGGACCAGAAUCACAAAAUUAUAACAGAUGGCUUCACCGUCUUUGGAGAUCCACACUCAGUCACCCUGGAUAACUGUCAUAUGACCUUUCGAUAUUCCAAAGCCCAAGAAACUGAACCGCAGUUUGAGUGCGGCAGAUAUAGAGCAGAUAUAGGAAAUGAAGUAUCCAGUGGUGAAAUGCAUCAGGUUUUGGCAACCUUUGAGAGUUUAAGUAUUACAAGCAAAGACUGUAGUUUUGACCAUCCUGAUGAUUACUUCAGCCAAAGCAAAGUAGUACAUACAGCAGAAAAAUAUGAAUGUUCUCCUUUGGGACAUCAAGAUAGUUCCAAAGCUAAGAACUGGGGGAAAUAUUUUGCAAAGAGGAGUGGCAGCCCUAAGCUACAGUCAAAUAAAGCAGAAUCAUCAGAGGUGAAACCAGAUCCGAACGAACGUACAAAAGAUACUAUGAAUAUUGAACCAGGAAAUACUGAUAUGCAUUCAAGUCUUCAAAGCGAGGUUACAGAACAUCAUGCUUCAGUGAUUACUAUUCCUAAUACUUUGAUGGUUCUUGAACAAUCUGAAAGCAGUAUUUGUACAGCAAUCAACAUGGGAAUGAUGGAAAACGUCACUGUGUCUGAAGCUGCUGAAAGCAAUAGUACGAAAGCAACUCCCAUUAGCCAUAUUACAAUAUCUAGCCAUGAACCAGAUCAGAUCUCCCAUGUUUCUAGACACUCUGCUCAAAGAAAGAGCAUGCCAACUAACUUAAGCCACAGCUUCAACAUUUUUGCUCAUAAAGGGAGUGAAAAUUGUAAAGUAAACAGCAACAGAACCACCUUGGCUCUAAAGGCUAGUGUGUGUACCAAGAUGCCUCAAGAUUUUAUUCUUUGGGGCAAGAGUUCUAUCCAACACCAUGCUAACAAGGUAAAGAAUCCCACUUCUCAUUCUCAAGGACUAGGAUUGUCUCAUGCAAAGACUGGGGUUUCCUCAAAGCUUCAGAAUAAACACCUUCAGCAGGAGAAAUGCCGCUUCGGUCAAAGCAGUCAGAAAUCCCCAAAGCAGAUGCUUCCCAGAAAUUCCAAACAUUUCCCUAGCUCAGGAGAAACCAUUACUCCUUUUCCUGUAAGACAAGCACAGUCUUCCGUAGAAUUCGUAGACCUGAAGUACAGUGACAUGUUCAAGGAAAUAAAUUCAAGUGACAAAGGUCCGGGCAUUUAUGAAAUGUUUGGAACUCCAGCAUAUUCCAGGGAGCCUCAUGGCUGUGAAAACAGUUCCUGCAGGAAUGUGCACUCUGCUCCAGCUGGGAGGCGCACUGCAAUGAAACAUAAAUAUAACCAUCUCAGUGCAAAGAAGAGUGGCAGAAUAAGAAAUGCCCAGAAGAAAACAUGCCCCAAAUCACACAAGAAUUCCCUUGGCAUUAAACAGAAGGAGAAGGAUUUGGGGCAAAAAGGGGUAUCUGGGUUAGAGGGUUGCUGUCAGAAGCAGAAGGAAAGUGUGAUUGACCCUAAAACAGAAGGGCAAAUAAAGAGUGCAGCACCAUUUCAUGAAGAUGACGAUCAGCAGCUGCCAAUUCCUACCGAGUUUACUCUACCAGCUCAACAAAAUGAAGUCAUUCCUAAUUCAAAUUUGUCAACUAUUGAAGAAGUCUCAUUGGAUCACACUUCAGAGGCUGGCGAUGCUUUCAUUAGUAAAGCAUUUGCUAUCAAUGUUCAGGAAUUACUUUGGCCGAAGGUUAAAGUUCAUGCAGAAUAUGCUCCUUUUUUAAACUAUGCAAAAGAUACAAAUGAACCUAUCAUCAUAGCACAGAACAAAAGUUUAAUGCAGACGAAAAUUGGAUCAACUGCUUGCCUUGAGGAUCUGGAUGCAAAUCAGGUUUUGUUCUGUGAUGAUAAUCAAAGGAACCCCCCUGCACUAUGUUUUUCAAACAGAGUAAACUCACCUCCUCCACAAAGGCCACGAGUUGAAAAAGUUGGUUUAUCAACCGAACAGACUUGCCUUCCUGCAAACUCUGUUUCCCAGGAAUAUCCAAACACCCUGAACUGCAGUGAAGAAAUAACUGAAGACUCGUUUUGUUGUUCUGUAUCUGAGUUGCUCUCUCUCGAUAGAGCAGAUGGCAACCAUUCGAGAAUAGCUAUAAAAAAUGCAGAUACUGUGGUACAAAAUGGAAACACUGAGAGUAAAGGAAACAGCGCAGCAAGUGUUAGAAAUUGUAAGGAUUUUUCUCCAGAUUUCCUGGAAUCCAGUAGAGAAAAUAGAUUUCUAAAUGUGGUUACAUUUUCAGAAAACAAUGUAGCUAGUGAAGGACCUAUCCUGUGGACCAAAGGUGAAAUCCUUGGAAAAGGAGCCUAUGGCACAGUUUAUUGUGGACUUACAAGCCAAGGACAUUUAAUAGCUGUGAAACAAGUAGCACUGAGUACCUGUGACCAAAUCGGGACUGAGAAGGAAUAUCAGAAACUGCAAUACGAAGUUGAGAUUUUGAAAAAUCUAACACACAUCAACAUUGUAGGGUACCUGGGAACAAGUUUAGAAGACAACAUAGUGAGUAUCUUCAUGGAAUUUGUUCCAGGUGGUUCCAUUUCCAGUAUUAUUCAUCGAUUUGGGCCAUUGCCUGAAAUAGUAUUUUGUAAAUAUACGAAGCAGAUUCUGCAAGGGGUUGCAUACUUGCAUGAAAACUGUGUGGUCCACAGAGAUAUUAAAGGCAACAACGUCAUGCUGAUGCCCAAUGGUGUUAUCAAGCUCAUAGACUUUGGAUGUGCAAAGCGCUUAGCCUAUGUAAGUCUGACUGAUGCCCACAGCGAACCACUGAAAUCAGUGCAUGGCACUCCUUAUUGGAUGGCACCAGAAGUGAUAAAAGAAUCUGGCUAUGGGAGAAAAUCAGACAUCUGGAGCAUUGGCUGCACUGUAUUUGAGAUGGCCACAGGAAAGCCACCACUGGCUUCCAUGGAUAGGAUAGCAGCCAUGUUUUAUAUUGGUGCUCACAGGGGAAUCAUGCCUUCCUUACCCAACCAUUGCUCGACAAAAGCAGCAGAUUUUGUUCAUCUGUGUUUCACCAGGGACCAGUAUGAGCGACCUACUGCUCUACAGUUGCUGCAGCAUCCCUUCAUGAUUUAAAAACCUCAUGAACUUUGCAAAGGCUUCAGCAGAUGACAGAUUUCCCCCUUACUUAUUGAAGAGGUUAAAUGAAAUUUAACAUUUAAACUUUCAGUUUGAGAAUGGCUAGGCUAUAGUGUGAUUGGUAUGAAAGCUGUGAAAGUUAGAGUUGUAAAUUCUUGUUUUUCAUUUUCAAAUAUAGACAUGAUGCAAUUUCAGGACGGCAAACUUUGUAUCAAAAUGUUAUGGCUGUAGAACACUUAAUCUCAUUUUAAAAUAAAAAUCAGACAUUUUGACAUC